AUAAAACAAACGUCAAACCAAAGUUAUGACAUAGAUGUAAGAUAAUAGAUAUUGAUCUUCUUACCAUACAAAACAGCGAAAAUAUAAAUAAGUGUUCAUCGUUAUAAGGAACUUAUAGAUAAGUAUUCAAUAUAUGUGAAGGAUCUCCACAUCUCCUGAAACAAAGUUAACUGAUCCUAAACAUGGGUGAACGGAAAGGACAAAACCUAUAUUAUCCCCCCGACUAUGAUCCUAAAGUGGGGGGGUUAAAUAAAUUUAUGGGAACACAUGCCCUACGAGAAAGAGCAAGAAAACUGCACAUGGGUAUUCUUAUCAUACGAUUCGAAAUGCCCUACAACAUCUGGUGCGAAGGAUGCAACAACCAUAUCGGCAUGGGAGUCAGAUAUAAUGCUGAGAAGACUAAAAUUGGCAUGUACUACAGCACUCCGGUAUACCAAUUCAGAAUGAAAUGCCACCUAUGUGAUAACCACUUUGAAAUAAAGACAGAUCCUGGGAAUUUAGAUUAUGUCAUUGUAUCCGGAGCAAGACGUCAAGAAAAUAGAUGGGACCCAACAGAAAACGGUCAGAUCGUACCAGAGACCAAGGAGACCCAAAAACGUCUCUUUGAUGAUGCAAUGUUUCGUCUCGAACACAAAACUGGUGAUAUGGACUCCAGUAAACUUGAGAAACCGAGGCUGGGACGUCUGGUUGGCAGAAAUGAGUCUGUUUGGAAGGAUGAUUACGAGGCCAAUUGUUCUUUAAGGAGAAAUUUUCGAAAAAGAAGAAAGGAAUUAGAAGCAUCUGCUGUCAAUGACAACUUGCUAUUGGCUAGAUCUUCUCUAGACAUAAAACUACUACCGGAAUCCGAAGACGAUAGGAAUAUGGCUGCACUUCUGUCCUUGAGACCAUCGCGAAGCAUUGAAGAGUCCCAAAGCGAAACCAGAACCAAAAUACUAAAUACACCAGCUCUACCAAGUUCCAGCGGUCUCUUGACCAGCUUCGGUGGUCUUAAAAAGGAAGAAUCACUGAGUAAAAGUAUUUCAUUGAGCAGAAACGUAUUAGGUAUCACUAUAAAGAAGGCCAAGAAAGAAGACACCGACAGAGACAAAGAUGUACCUUUAAAAUCUGUAACACCCAAAGAAAUUAGCUGCGGAACUAAUGAUUGUAACAAAGAAACAUCUGUCUUGGGAAAUGAUAAGCCUAAAAUUUCUUUGGUAGGCGACUACAGCUCCAGUGAAAACUCGGAAUAAGUAUUGUUCAGGGUGAAAUAAAACAAGAGAAUAGAAUCGAAACAUAUGAUUAUUAUUCAAAUUGAAACAUGAAACAUUAACAAGCAAAACACUACAGAUAGAUGCAACAGUAACAUACAGGGAGCCUGUUUAUUAAGUAACUAUGACUAGAAUCUUUCAUUUUGCAAUUCCUUCCGUGUACUACCUUGAACUUUCCAAUGUUAAAAAAAACAUUAAACAAUCAAUAAUACGAAUUUCAUAUAUGUAUUAUCAUUAACAUGUUUAUAAUCGCUACACAUAUAAAAAUAUAUCUUGAAGUGUUACAUAUAUAAUAUUGAUGCAAGCAUUAGUGAUUUCAGCCAUAGAAAAUACAUGUGUUGUGUAUAGGAAGAGAUGAGUGUUAUAUUCAAGAAACACUUGCUAUGAGGCUAAGAAACAUUUUAACAAAUACGUCUGAAGACAAUUUGUUACAAAAACAUGAUCGUUGGUAGUUUAUAAAGAGUUUUACAAACAUUUUAAGCUCUGGCUUCAGCAUGAGGAAUAAAACAGUCGAGUUACCUUUGAAUGGUUGGUUGGAAGAACUUUUGGUAUUACUGAAGUAAUGAUUAUAAUACAUUCUUCAACAACUUGAUAGUUGUUAAUGUAUAAAUAAUAUUUAUAUGAAAAAGUGUAUAUUUCAUACAUAUAAAGAUAUAAACUUUUAUUUUAACCGUUAAACAAA